UAAAAUACCUUUUCCUUCGUGUUGAAAACAUGAAGCACGUGACCAGAUUUGCAGAUAUUUGUUUUUUUUCCCUCAGAAAAAAUAAAAGUUUAUAGCACGUUCUUAUUCAGACUUUAUAUGCAAGUAUUUCUAUAACUUGACUUCCAUCAACUGACCAAAGCAAGAAGAAUCUUUACGCAGAGAGGAUCAUAUGGAGAAUCGCAGCUUAGAUCUCUGCCUAUCUUCAGUGACCUCUUCACUUCAAUCUUGUCGCCGAGAUUCCAAGGUUAGUCAAUCUUUAGCCACGAGAACUAAGGAGAUCAAUGCAUUCUAUAGUGGGAGAGUACGAGAAUACGAUCUCGUAGAGAUCCAGAUAAGGGCGGUAAUAGAGAUGGCGAGCAAGGAGCGUGACAUAACGGCGUUAGAGUUAGCACCGGUUAGACUAAAAUCGCCGUUAGUGUUUUCGGUGAAGAGAUCAGUGGAGAGGUUUUUGGAGAAGAGAAAGAAGAGAAGCAAAUAUGUUACUACACCUUACGGUUACACUUGCAGCUCCACGUCUUCCUCCUCUUCGCGUCAUUCCUAAAACCCCACUUAUUUUUGUCAUUUUUCCGUAUACUCAACGAUGAACUUCGAGUUUUUUUUUUCAAUGUUUUUAAAUCAAGAUAUUUCAUUUGUAUAAAACUCGGAUCAUUUGGAUCGCUUGUAUCUAUAAUAGCAUAUCAUUUAGCAAAAUA